AUGGGCAUGUACAACGAAAAACAGCUAUCAAUUGCUACUGCAAUCACUUCAAGUGACUCGUAUUGUCUUCACUCGAUGAUGGAUAGAGCUGUGACUCGAGCUCUCGUUGAAAUGCCUCGCACGAAGCGCAUACAUGGGCUCAAGCGACCUAAAUUGCGGCAGGACUGGUCGAAAUGGAAUCUCUACAAUCUGUCAAGAGUGACGACGCCUCCAGCAGCCAACAAGACAUUCUUCCAGCAGAAAUGGACCGCCAAGUCUAUGCUACGAUCGUACCACAAUCCCUUCGUCCGGGAAGGCACAUGGACGCGAAUGUUCGACAGACGAUUACCCGCGGUCGUGCCCAUGGAUCAUCGAUACCUGGCUGCACAUGAUGGAUCAGAAAUGGCAAGUGGUCGUGGUGGGGGUUUGGACAAAGAUCCGCGGGAUGAAAAAGACAGAAAUAGGAGAAUAGAGAAGACACCAUAUAUGCACAUGACAUUCUGGCCCCUGGAGAGACGGUUAGAUUCGUGCAUAUUCAGGGCACUAUUUGCCAGUAGUGUGUCGCAAGCACGGCAGUUUGUGGUCCAUGGCUUUGUGAAGGUCAAUGGCAAGAAGAUGAUUUAUCCUGGAUAUCAGAUGAAUCCAGGUGACAUGUUCCAGGUGGAUACUGAGAGAGUCCUGUUUGCGACUGGCGCAAGAAAAACCAAGAAGGAUAGCACCUUGUCGGAACAGGCUCUGAGAAGGCGCGCGGAGACUCGAGAGGUACUCAGAGAGGAGGCAGCGGUGAAGAAAGCCACGGGCAAGACAGCAGAGAGGAGUAGCAAGUCGGAAGUGGCAGAGGCAGCAGAUGAGAGCAAGGCCGGCGCCGCCACGAUAGAGGCUGCUGCAAAAGAUGAGCUGGACACAGGUGCAGCCGGGCAGGCAUACAGCAAAGAGCUCAAGGCUCUAGUAAGGCGAGCCAAGACCAUCUUAGAGGAUUCGAAACAGUCGUUAUCAGGAAAGCGACUGAAGGAGCUCCGCAGCUUUACCAAAGAAGUCAAAGCCACAUUCGCUAAGCUGAAGGGAAUGGAGGAGGAACAAGCAGAAGAAUCGGUCGAGAGCUUUGAAUCAGCGCUUUCGGAGAUUCUGGCCAAAGUGCCUCAAGAGUCCCUUCCAAAAGCAGAACGAAGCCCGGUUGAAACAACAUCUUCAAAUCCGCAAGCACAGUCCGGCAAGGAGGACGCAUAUAGGGCGCGGAAAGACGCAGAGCUCUUGGCUGCUGCACUGGAGCGGGCACGGGCGAAUCCAAUCGAUGUCUCCAAACCAUACGCCACGCCCUGGGAGCCUCGAGAAUUCAUGAGCCCGUUCGCCUUCAUUCCACGAUACCUGGAGGUGAACCAGAAUAUUUGUUCGGCAGUAUACCUGCGGCAUCCAGUCGCGAGGCCUGGAUUGGCAGAAGUGCCCACACCUUUCCAUCACGAGACUAUGGCGCUUGGAUUCAAUUGGUACCUGCGGCGGCGAUAG